AUGAGCGCAACUGAACUUUUCAGAACUAACACUAACGAAUCACCCACCACUCCAGUCGCCAGCAUGCUAGACGCAUUCAAAAUCAAACCCUACGAUCUCGAACCCACUUUUGCCUCCUGGAAAGAUGCCCCUCAGUUCACCGGAAACACCAAGAAAGACACCCUUUCCGUUGACGAGUGGCUUAAAACCAUUAAAGCCGGGUGUGUGGAGAGGAAUGUGCCAAAGGAGUAUUGGCAUAAAGUAGGUCAGCAUUAUAUGGGAGAAAAAGCAAGAUCAAGGCUAAACGAACUGAAGGGUGUAAUGGCCAAAGUCCAUGGGGGUAACUAUCGUUGGAAUUGGGAAAAAUUUAAGAUUGCGAUGCGGAAUAUGGGAUGGAACAUCGAAGACUCUGCAACUGAGACGAUCAAAGUCAAAUCCAAACCUUCUGGACUUUGGUGGAUCUCGGGCCGCGAAACAAAGGAAAAGGAGGCAACGGAAAACACCAAACCUGGACUUUCUGGCGUUCAGCAAAGCCAGGCUUGUCCCCCCCAGAGACCGAAACCGAGACGACGAUCCGAGUCAUCGUUCUGGGUAGGCCGGAAACCUUCGACUGACCGUGACAAUAAGGAGUCGGAAAACCAGAAAACCAAAGACGAGAAGGAGAAUGUUACCGUAGCGCCCUCACGACCACCGCCUGUAAGGUCGAGUACCGGGUUCUGGUCGAUUCGAAAGAAAAACUCGCAGGACGCGUUCACGUUGGUAGAGGAACCAGAGCAGAUUUCUUCCUCAGUCAGACCGACGACGACUAAGAAGUCCCAUUCUGAUUCAACGGUCAUGACAGUCCGCGACACUUCCAAGCCCCCGAUGCCGACACCCACCAGAAGAGACAGUAAUGCUGAUGAAGCAACCGUAACAACGAUAACCCACGCCCCUCUCUGGCUUAUAAACGCCUGUAACGCACUCGACUUUUUACAAACAGAGCAUCCAAAGGUCAUGAGCACCAUCAGUGCUAUCCUUAUCACAGCUGGCACAUUGCCGUCCAUUCCUGCGCUUACAGCAGGUGCAGGUGGUGCAUUGUUGGCAUCCGGAGCGGCCCAGGCUGCCGGUGCUAUCGCGGUCGGUGUUGGAAGUUGGCUGAAGGCGCAGCAAGAAGCGAGGUCGGGCGGGACCGCUGCUGGCCAGCAGUCGGAGAUCCCAUCGAAGUAA